AUGGGGCGGCCACUAGUGUACCUGGUGGCCCUCUGCCUGGCCCUGACCUCGGCCAGGGCCUCGGAGCUGCAGAGAGAGGGCAGGACCCGGAACCACGGCCACAGCGUGUGCAGUACCUGGGGCGACUUCCACUACAAAACCUUCGACGGUGACAUCUUCCGCUUCCCCGGCCUCUGCGACUACAACCUGGCCUCCGACUGCCGUGACACCUACAAGGAGUUCGCGCUGCACCUCAAGCGUGCGCCGGGCAGCGACGGGGGUCACCCCCAGAUCGAGUACAUCCUGCUCACCGUCAAGGAUGACACCAUCUACCUCACCCGCCAGCUGGCGGUGGUGAACGGGGCCAUGGUCAGCACCCCACACUACAGCUCCGGCCUGCUCAUCGAGAAGAGUGACGCUUACACCAAGGUUUUCUCCCGCACGGGCCUCGCCCUCAUGUGGGACCGUGAGGACUCACUCAUGCUGGAGCUGGACAGCAAGUUCCAGAACCACACGUGUGGCCUCUGUGGUGACUACAACGGCCUGCAGACCUACUCCGAGUUCCUCUCCGACGGCGUGCUCUUCAGUGCCCUGGAGUUUGGGAACAUGCAGAAGGUCAACAAGCCCGACGUGGUGUGCGACGACCCUGAGGAGGUUGCAGACCCCGCGUCCUGCUCAGAGCACCGCGCCGAGUGCGAGCAGCUGCUGACGGCCACGGCCUUCGAGGAGUGCCUGGGCCUGGUGCCGCUGGCGCCGUACGUGCAGGCCUGCGUGCAGGACCGCUGCCAGUGCCCGCAGGGGACCUCCUGCGUGUGCAGCACCGUGGCCGAGUUCUCGCGCCAGUGUUCCCACGCCGGCGGGCAGCCGGGCACCUGGAGGAACGCCACGCUCUGCCCCAAGAGCUGCCCUGGGAACAUGGUUUACCUGGAGAGCGGCUCGCCCUGCAUGGACACCUGCUCUCACCUGGAGAUCAGCAGCCUGUGUGAGGAGCACCGCAUGGAUGGCUGUUUCUGCCCAGACGGCACCGUGUAUGAUGACAUCGCAGGCGGGGGCUGUAUCCCUGUGAGCCAGUGCCACUGCAAGCUGCACGGGCACCUGUAUGAGCCUGGCCAGCAGGUCACCAACGACUGCGAGCAGUGCGUCUGCAACGCCGGCCGCUGGGUGUGCAAAGACCUGCCAUGUCCCGGGACCUGCGCCCUGGAGGGUGGGUCCCACAUCACCACCUUCGACGGGAAGAAGUAUACCUUCCACGGGGACUGCUACUACGUGCUGACCAAGGACGACCACAAUGGCUCCUAUGCCCUCCUGGGCGAGCUGGCCCCCUGCGGCUCCACGGACAAGCAGACCUGCCUGAAGACGGUGGUGCUGCUGACUGAUAAGAAGAAGAACGUGGUGGUCUUCAAGUCCGAUGGCAGCGUGCUGCUGAACGAGCUGCAGGUGAACCUGCCCCACGUGGCGGCCAGCUUCUCCAUCUUCCAACCGUCUUCCUAUCACCUGCUCGUAAACACCGCCUUCGGCCUCAGGCUGCAGGUCCAGCUGCUGCCGGUCAUGCAGCUCUUCCUGACGCUGGACCAGGACUCCCAGGGGCAGGUGCAGGGCCUCUGUGGGAACUUCAAUGGCCAGGAAAGUGACGACUUCAAGACGGCAGGUGGGCUGGUGGAGGCCACCGGGGCCGGCUUUGCCAAUACCUGGAAGGCCCAGUCGAGCUGCUAUGACAAGCUGGACUGGCUGGACGACCCUUGCUCCCUCAACAUUGAGACCGCCAACUAUGCUGAGCACUGGUGCUCCCUGCUGAAGAACACAGAGACCCCCUUCGGCAGGUGUCACGCUGCCGUGGACCCCGCCGAGUAUUACAAGAGGUGCAGGUACGACACUUGCAGCUGUGCGGACAGCGAGGACUGCCUGUGCGCCGCCCUGUCCUCCUACGCGCGCGCCUGCGCCGCCAAGGGCCUCACGCUGUGGGGCUGGCGGGAGCUCGUGUGCAACGUGGACUCCUGCCCCCAGUCACAGACCUUCCUGUACAACCUGACCACCUGCCAGCAGACCUGCCGCUCGCUCUCGGAAUCGGACACCCACUGCCUCACGGGCUUCGUGCCCGUGGAUGGCUGUGGCUGCCCGGACCACACCUUCCUGGAUGAGAAAAGCCGCUGUGUGCCCCUGGCACAGUGUUCCUGCUACCACCGUGGCCUCUACCUGGAGGCGGGGGAGGUGGUUCUGAGGCAGGAGGAGCGCUGCGUUUGCCAGAACGGGAGGCUGCAGUGCAUGCAGGUCAAGCUACUCAGCCAGAGCUGUGCCGCCCCGAAGGUUCACAUGGACUGCAGCAACCUGACUGCACUGGCCACCCGGAUUCCCCGUCCCGUCAGCUGCCAGACGCUGGCGGCCGGCUACUACCAGACAGACUGCAUCAGUGGCUGCGUGUGCCCGGAAGGGCUGGUGGAUGACGGCCGCGGGGGCUGUGUCGUGGAGCAGGAGUGCCCGUGUAUGCACAACAAGGACCUGUACGCCCCCGGCAACAAGAUCCAGGUGGACUGCAACACCUGCACCUGCCAGAGAGGGCGCUGGGCCUGCACCCAGGCCGUGUGCCACGGCACCUGUGCCAUCUAUGGGAGCGGCCACUACAUCACCUUUGAUGGGAAGUACUACGACUUUGAUGGACACUGCUCUUACGUGGCUGCUCAGGACUACUGCGGCCAGAACUCCUCGCUGAGCUCCUUCAGCAUCAUCACCGAGAACGUCCCCUGUGGCACCACGGGUGUCACCUGCUCCAAGGCCAUCAAGAUCUUCAUAGGGAGGACGGAGCUGAAGCUGGAGGACAAGCACCGCAUGGUGAUCCAGCGUGAUGUGGGCCACCACGUGGCCUACACCACGCGGGAGGUGGGGCAGUACCUGGUGGUGGAGACCAGCACCGGCAUCAUCGUCAUCUGGGACAAGAAAACCACCAUCUUCAUCAAGCUGGCCCCUUCCUACAAGGGCACCGUGUGCGGCCUGUGCGGCAACUUCGAUCAGCGCUCCAACAACGACUUCACCACGCGGGACCACAUGGUGGUGGAGAGCGAGCUGGACUUCGGGAACAGCUGGAAGGAGGCCCCCACCUGCCCGGACGUAACCACCACCCCCGAGCCCUGCACCAAGAACCCGCACCGCCGCGCCUGGGCGGAGAAGCAGUGCAGCAUCAUCAAGAGCUCGGUUUUCAGUGUCUGCCACAGCAAGGUGGACCCCAAACCCUUCUAUGAAGCCUGCGUUCAUGACUCCUGCUCCUGUGACACCGGUGGGGACUGUGAGUGCUUCUGCUCUGCCGUGGCCUCCUACGCCCAGGAGUGCACCAAGGAGGGCGCCUGCGUGUUCUGGAGGACGCCCGACCUGUGCCCCAUAUUCUGUGACUACUACAACCCCCCGGACGAGUGCGAGUGGCACUAUGAGCCCUGUGGGAACCGCAGCUUCGAGACUUGCAGGACCAUCAACGGCAUCCACUCCAACAUCUCUGUGUCCUACCUGGAGGGUUGCUACCCCCACUGCCCUGAGGACCGGCCCAUCUAUGACGAGGACCAGAAGAAGUGCGUCGCAAGAGACAGAUGUGGCUGCUACGUGGAGGACACCUACUACCCCCCCGGAGCGACCGUCCCCACCGACAAAGCCUGCCAGUCUUGCAUAUGCAUCAACUCCACGCAAGUCUGCCGGCCAGAGGAAGGGAAGAUUCUGAAUUACACCCAGGAUCGCGCCUUCUGCUACUGGGAGAUCUGUGGCCCCAACGGGACGGUGGAGAAACACUUCAACAUCUGCACGUCCUCCCCACCACCCUUGUCUUCCCAGCCCACCCCCACCACGACCCCUGUGCCCUCCACCAUCCCAACCACCAGCGCCACCACCACCAGCACCCCAACCCCCAGCACAGCAACACUGGCUCUCACUUCUCCAGAGCUGUGCUGCUUCUGGUCUGACUGGAUCAACGAGAAUAACCCGGCUGAUGGCAGUGAUGGCGACCGAGAGACAUUCGGCAGUGUCUGCCAGGCCCCCGAGGACAUCCAGUGCAGGUCGGCCACGGAGCCCCACCUCAGCUGGGAGGAGCUGGGCCAGAAGGCUCAGUGCAGUGUCUCGUUUGGGUUCAUUUGCAAGAACGAAGAUCAGUUUGGAAUUGGACCAUUUGGAGUCUGUUAUGACUAUGAGAUUCGUGUCAAUUGUUGCCUGCCGAUGGAUAAGUGUCCUACGCCACCAACCCCGAGCCCUACCACCAAGACAAGCCCCACCACCACCACGGAGACCUCAACAUCAGCCACCACUUCACCAACCCCCACCCGAGAACCAACGACCACGGUGACGGCCACUACUGUGACAUCCACGCUUACACCAGAACCCACCACGACCGUGACCACCACAGCACCGACAAGCACUCCCUCCACGCCUGUCCCCACCACCACCACGACCACUAUAGAAACACGGACCACGACACCCAUUAUCACCCCAACAGAGACACCAACCCCGACACCCACCACCACCACGACCACAGAGACACCAACCCCGACACCCACGACCAGCUCAACAGAGACACCAACACCAACGCCAACCACCACGUCAACAAAGACACCGACACCCACCACCAGCUCAACAGAGACACCAACACCGACUAUCACCUCAACAGAGACAUCAACUCCGAUUCCCACCUCCACCACAACCACAGGGACCCCAAUCCCGACACCCACCACCAGCUCAACGGAGACACCAACACCAACACCAACCACCACCUCAACAAGGACACCAACACCGACCAUCACCUCGACAAAAACGUCAACUCAGACUCCCACUACCACCACCACCACAGAGGCCACAACCCCAACACCCACCCCCACCUCAACAGAGACAUCAACUCCGAUUCCCACCUCCACCACAACCACAGGGACCCCAAUCCCGACACCCACCACCAGCUCAACGGAGACACCAACACCAACACCAACCACCACCUCAACAAGGACACCAACACCGACCAUCACCUCGACAAAAACGUCAACUCAGACUCCCACUACCACCACCACCACAGAGGCCACAACCCCAACACCCACCCCCACCUCAACAGAGACAUCAACUCCGAUUCCCACCUCCACCACAACCACAGGGACCCCAAUCCCGACACCCACCACCAGCUCAACGGAGACACCAACACCAACACCAACCACCACCUCAACAAGGACACCAACACCGACCAUCACCUCGACAAAAACGUCAACUCAGACUCCCACUACCACCACCACCACAGAGGCCACAACCCCAACACCCACCCCCACCUCAACAGAGACAUCAACUCCGAUUCCCACCUCCACCACAACCACAGGGACCCCAAUCCCGACACCCACCACCAGCUCAACGGAGACACCAACACCAACACCAACCACCACCUCAACAAGGACACCAACACCGACCAUCACCUCGACAAAAACGUCAACUCAGACUCCCACUACCACCACCACCACAGAGGCCACAACCCCAACACCCACCCCCACCUCAACAGAGACAUCAACUCCGAUUCCCACCUCCACCACAACCACAGGGACCCCAAUCCCGACACCCACCACCAGCUCAACGGAGACACCAACACCAACACCAACCACCACCUCAACAAGGACACCAACACCGACCAUCACCUCGACAAAAACGUCAACUCAGACUCCCACUACCACCACCACCACAGAGGCCACAACCCCAACACCCACCCCCACCUCAACAGAGACAUCAACUCCGAUUCCCACCUCCACCACAACCACAGGGACCCCAAUCCCGACACCCACCACCAGCUCAACGGAGACACCAACACCAACACCAACCACCACCUCAACAAGGACACCAACACCGACCAUCACCUCAACAAAAACAUCAACUCCGACUCCCACCACCACCACAACCACAGAGACCACAACACUGACUAUCACCUCAACAAAAACUUCAACUCUGACUCCCACCACGACCACCACAACAGGGACCCAAACCCUGACACCCACCAUCACCUCAACAGAGACACCAACACCGACACCAACCACCACCUCAACAAAGACACCAACCCCAACACCAACCACCACCUCAACAAAGACACCAACCCCAACACCAACCACCACCUCAACAAAGACACCAACCCCAACACCAACCACCACCUCAACAAAGACACCAACCCCAACACCAACCACCACCUCAACAAAGACACCAACCCCAACACCAACCACCACCUCAACAAAGACACCAACCCCAACACCAACCACCACCUCAACAAAGACACCAACCCCAACACCAACCACCACCUCAACAAAGACACCAACCCCAACACCAACCACCACCUCAACAAAGACACCAACCCCAACACCAACCACCACCUCAACAAAGACACCAACCCCAACACCAACCACCACCUCAACAAAGACACCAACCCCAACACCAACCACCACCUCAACAAAGACACCAACCCCAACACCAACCACCACCUCAACAAAGACACCAACCCCAACACCAACCACCACCUCAACAAAGACACCAACCCCAACACCAACCACCACCUCAACAAAGACACCAACCCCAACACCAACCACCACCUCAACAAAGACACCAACCCCAACACCAACCACCACCUCAACAAAGACACCAACCCCAACACCAACCACCACCUCAACAAAGACACCAACCCCAACACCAACCACCACCUCAACAAAGACACCAACCCCAACACCAACCACCACCUCAACAAAGACACCAACCCCAACACCAACCACCACCUCAACAAAGACACCAACCCCAACACCAACCACCACCUCAACAAAGACACCAACACCCACAACCAGCUCAACAGAGACCCCAACCGCGACACCCACCGCCAGCUCAACAGAGACACGAACACCAACACCAACCACCACCUCAACAAAGACACCAACACCGACCAUCACCUCAACAAAAACAUCAACUCCGACUCCCACCACCACCACAACCACAGAGACCACAACACCGACUAUCACCUCAACAAAGACAUCAACUCUGACUCCCACCACCACCACCUCCACAGAGACCCCAACCACAACACCAACCACCAGCUCAACAGAGACAACAACCCCGACACCAACCACCACCUCAACAAAGACACCAACACCGACCAUCACCUCAACAAAAUCAUCAACUCUGACUCCCACCACCACCACCACCACAGAGACUCCAACCCCGGCACCCACCACCAGCUCAACAGAGACACCAACACAGACAACCACCACCAGCUCAACAAAGACACCAACACCGACAUCCACCAUCACCUCAACAAAGAUAUCAACUCCAACAUCCACCACCACCACCACCACAGAGACCCCAACCGUGACACCCACCACCAGCUCAACAGAGACUUCGACUCUGACUCCCACCAUUACCUCAACAAAGACACCAACACCGAACAUCUCCACAACAAAAACAUCAACUCUGACUCCUACCACAACCACCACAACAGAGACCCCAACCCCAACACCCACCACCACCUCAACAGAGACAUCAACUCCGAUUCCCACCACCACCACGACCACAGAGACCACAACCCCGACAGCCCACACCAGCUCAACAGAGACACCAACACCGACACCCACCCCGACACCCACCACCAGCUCAAUAGAGACACCAACACCGACUAUCACCUCAACAAAGACAUCAACUCCGACAACCACUACGACCACCACCACAGAGAUCACGACCCCGACACCCACCACCCGCUCAACAGAGACAACACCCCCAACACCCACCACCACCUCAACAAAGACAUCACCCCCAACACCCACCACCACCUCAACAGAGACACCAACAUCGACUGUCACCUCAACAAAAACAUCAAUUCUGACUCCCACCACGACCACAACCACAGAGACCACAACCCCGACACUCACCACCAGCUCAACAGAGACGCCAACCGUAACACCAGCCACCACCUCAACAAAGACACCAACAGCAACCACCAGCUCAACAGAGACACCAACACCGACACCCACCACCCGCUCAACAGAGACCCCAACAGCGACACCCACCACCCGCUCGACAGAGACACCAACACCAACACCCACCACCAGCUCAACAGAGACACCAACACCAACCACCACCUCAACAAAGACACCAACACCCGCUACGAGCUCAACAGAGACACCAACCCAGACAACCACCACCAGCUCAACAAGGACACCAACACUGACGUCCACCAUCACCUCAGCAAAGACAUCAACUCCAACAUCCACUACCACCACCAAAGAGAUCCCAACAGCGACACCGACCACCAGCUCAACAGAGAAACCAACCCCAACACCAACCACCACCUCAACAAAAACACCAACACCCACCAUCAGCUCAACAGAGACCCCAACCCUGACACCCACCACCCGCUCAACAGAGUCACCAACACCAACACCAACCACCACUUCAACAAGGACGCCAACACCAACAUCCACCUCAACAAACACAUCAACUCCAACAUCCACCACGACCACCAUCACAGAGACCCCAACUCCGACACCCAUGACCAGCUCAACAGAGACACCAACCCCAUCACCAACAACCACCUCAACAAAAACACCAACACCCACCACCAGCUCAACAGAGACCCCAACACCGACACCCACAACCCGCUCAACAGAGAGACCACCCCCAACACCCACAACCACCUCAACAAAGACACCACCGCCAACACCCACCACCACCUCAACAGAGACACCAACACCGACUAUCACCUCAACAAAAACAUCAACUCUGAAUCCCACCACGACCACAACCACAGAGACACCAACACCGACACCCACCACCCGCUCAACAGAGACACCAACACCGACACCCACCACCAGCUCGACAGAGACACCAACACCAACACCAACCACCACCUCAACAAAGACACCAACACCCAGCUCAACAGAGACACCAACACCGACACCCACAACAAGCUCAAUAGAGACAUCAACUCCGACUCCCACCACCACCACAACCACAGAGACCACAACCCUGACACCCACCACCAGCUCACCAAAGACACCAACACCGACAGUCACCACAAGCUCAACAGAGACCCCAAGCCCGACACCCACCACCAGCUCAACAGAGACCACAACCCCAACACCCACCACCCGCUCAACAGAGACUCCCCCCCCAACACCCACAACCAGCUCAAUAGAGACAUCAACUCUGACUCCCACCACCCCAACCCUAACACCCACCACCAUCUCAACAGAGACCCCAACCCUAACACCCACCACCAUCUCAACAGAGACCCCAACCCUAACACCCACCACCAUCUCAACAGAGACCCCAACCCUAACACCCACCACCAUCUCAACAGAGACCCCAACCCUAACACCCACCACCAUCUCAACAGAGACCCCAACCCUAACACCCACCACCAUCUCAACAGAGACCCCAACCCUAACACCCACCACCAUCUCAACAGAGACCCCAACCCUAACACCCACCACCAUCUCAACAGAGACCCCAACCCUAACACCCACCACCAUCUCAACAGAGACCCCAACCCUAACACCCACCACCAUCUCAACAGAGACCCCAACCCUAACACCCACCACCAUCUCAACAGAGACCCCAACCCUAACACCCACCACCAUCUCAACAGAGACCCCAACCCUAACACCCACCACCAUCUCAACAGAGACCCCAACCCUAACACCCACCACCAUCUCAACAGAGACCCCAACCCUAACACCCACCACCAUCUCAACAGAGACCCCAACCCUAACACCCACCACCAUCUCAACAGAGACCCCAACCCUAACACCCACCACCAUCUCAACAGAGACCCCAACCCUAACACCCACCACCAUCUCAACAGAGACCCCAACCCUAACACCCACCACCAUCUCAACAGAGACCCCAACCCUAACACCCACCACCAUCUCAACAGAGACCCCAACCCUAACACCCACCACCAUCUCAACAGAGACCCCAACCCUAACACCCACCACCAUCUCAACAGAGACCCCAACCCUAACACCCACCACCAUCUCAACAGAGACCCCAACCCUAACACCCACCACCAUCUCAACAGAGACCCCAACCCUAACACCCACCACCAUCUCAACAGAGACCCCAACCCUAACACCCACCACCAUCUCAACAGAGACCCCAACCCUAACACCCACCACCAUCUCAACAGAGACCCCAACCCUAACACCCACCACCAUCUCAACAGAGACCCCAACCCUAACACCCACCACCAUCUCAACAGAGACCCCAACCCUAACACCCACCACCAUCUCAACAGAGACCCCAACCCUAACACCCACCACCAUCUCAACAGAGACCCCAACCCUAACACCCACCACCAUCUCAACAGAGACCCCAACCCUAACACCCACCACCAUCUCAACAGAGACCCCAACCCUAACACCCACCACCAUCUCAACAGAGACCCCAACCCUAACACCCACCACCAUCUCAACAGAGACCCCAACCCUAACACCCACCACCAUCUCAACAGAGACCCCAACCCUAACACCCACCACCAUCUCAACAGAGACCCCAACCCUAACACCCACCACCAUCUCAACAGAGACCCCAACCCUAACACCCACCACCAUCUCAACAGAGACCCCAACCCUAACACCCACCACCAUCUCAACAGAGACCCCAACCCUAACACCCACCACCAUCUCAACAGAGACCCCAACCCUAACACCCACCACCAUCUCAACAGAGACCCCAACCCUAACACCCACCACCAUCUCAACAGAGACCCCAACCCUAACACCCACCACCAUCUCAACAGAGACCCCAACCCUAACACCCACCACCAUCUCAACAGAGACCCCAACCCUAACACCCACCACCAUCUCAACAGAGACCCCAACCCUAACACCCACCACCAUCUCAACAGAGACCCCAACCCUAACACCCACCACCAUCUCAACAGAGACCCCAACCCUAACACCCACCACCAUCUCAACAGAGACCCCAACCCUAACACCCACCACCAUCUCAACAGAGACCCCAACCCUAACACCCACCACCAUCUCAACAGAGACCCCAACCCUAACACCCACCACCAUCUCAACAGAGACCCCAACCCUAACACCCACCACCAUCUCAACAGAGACCCCAACCCUAACACCCACCACCAUCUCAACAGAGACCCCAACCCUAACACCCACCACCAUCUCAACAGAGACCCCAACCCUAACACCCACCACCAUCUCAACAGAGACCCCAACCCUAACACCCACCACCAUCUCAACAGAGACCCCAACCCUAACACCCACCACCAUCUCAACAGAGACCCCAACCCUAACACCCACCACCAUCUCAACAGAGACCCCAACCCUAACACCCACCACCAUCUCAACAGAGACCCCAACCCUAACACCCACCACCAUCUCAACAGAGACCCCAACCCUAACACCCACCACCAUCUCAACAGAGACCCCAACCCUAACACCCACCACCAUCUCAACAGAGACCCCAACCCUAACACCCACCACCAUCUCAACAGAGACCCCAACCCUAACACCCACCACCAUCUCAACAGAGACCCCAACCCUAACACCCACCACCAUCUCAACAGAGACCCCAACCCUAACACCCACCACCAUCUCAACAGAGACCCCAACCCUAACACCCACCACCAUCUCAACAGAGACCCCAACCCUAACACCCACCACCAUCUCAACAGAGACCCCAACCCUAACACCCACCACCAUCUCAACAGAGACCCCAACCCUAACACCCACCACCAUCUCAACAGAGACCCCAACCCUAACACCCACCACCAUCUCAACAGAGACCCCAACCCUAACACCCACCACCAUCUCAACAGAGACCCCAACCCUAACACCCACCACCAUCUCAACAGAGACCCCAACCCUAACACCCACCACCAUCUCAACAGAGACCCCAACCCUAACACCCACCACCAUCUCAACAGAGACCCCAACCCUAACACCCACCACCAUCUCAACAGAGACCCCAACCCUAACACCCACCACCAUCUCAACAGAGACCCCAACCCUAACACCCACCACCAUCUCAACAGAGACCCCAACCCUAACACCCACCACCAUCUCAACAGAGACCCCAACCCUAACACCCACCACCAUCUCAACAGAGACCCCAACCCUAACACCCACCACCAUCUCAACAGAGACCCCAACCCUAACACCCACCACCAUCUCAACAGAGACCCCAACCCUAACACCCACCACCAUCUCAACAGAGACCCCAACCCUAACACCCACCACCAUCUCAACAGAGACCCCAACCCUAACACCCACCACCAUCUCAACAGAGACCCCAACCCUAACACCCACCACCAUCUCAACAGAGACCCCAACCCUAACACCCACCACCAUCUCAACAGAGACCCCAACCCUAACACCCACCACCAUCUCAACAGAGACCCCAACCCUAACACCCACCACCAUCUCAACAGAGACCCCAACCCUAACACCCACCACCAUCUCAACAGAGACCCCAACCCUAACACCCACCACCAUCUCAACAGAGACCCCAACCCUAACACCCACCACCAUCUCAACAGAGACCCCAACCCUAACACCCACCACCAUCUCAACAGAGACCCCAACCCUAACACCCACCACCAUCUCAACAAAGACACCAACACCCACCACCAACUCAACAGAGACACCAACCCCGACACCCACCACCAUCUCAACAGAGACACCAACCCCAACACCAACCACCACCUCAACAAAGACACCAACACCCACCACCACCUCAACAAAGACCCCAACCCCGAACCCAAAAGAGACAUCAACUCCGACUCCCACCACCACCACAACCACAGCGACCACAACCCCGACACCCACCACCAGCUCCACAGAGACCCCAACGCCGACACCCACCACCAGCUCAACAGAGACCCCAACGCCGACACCCACCACCAGCUCAACAGAGACCCCAACGCCGACACCCACCACCAGCUCAACAGAGACCCCAACGCCGACACCCACCACCAGCUCAACAGAGACACCAACACCCACCACCACCACCACCACUACCACCACAGAGACCCCAACCCCGACACCCACCACCUCAGUGACCCCGACCGUGUCAUCCAUCACCACCUCAACAGAGACCUCCACUCUGACCCCCACAAUCACAGCGACCCCAAGUCUGACCCCCAUCCCCACCACUCCCACCAGCUUGGGGUCCCCGAUUCCUACAAGCAAAAUACCCAACGAGACCACCACGCCCAAACCCCCACCCGAGUCCUCCCCUGCCGUCUCUUCCACCUCCGCCUCAUCCACGGAACCCCACACGUCUCUGACCACCCGUCCGGGAGUCGUGGAGACCACCAGCACCACCUCCACCGCCACAGGAACGAGGGCGCCGCUCACUGCCACGGGAGGCUCCACGCCGCCGCCGCCCACCAGCUCUGGCACUGCAGGCACGCCGACCUCGGGUCCCGCCCCCUCCACGCCCACGACCCUGCUGACGACCGCCACCGGAACCCCCACCCCGACGGGGCACCCCUCGAGCUCGCCGCCCACGUCUCAUAGCAUCAUGACCUUGGCCACCCUGUCCACUCUCACGGCGAGCCCGAUUACCACACCCCAGCUCAGCAUGAGCACGGGGUCGGGGUACAGCACUGUUUCGCAGAUAUUCUGCUGCGUAGUGGAUGGCGAGUACUACGCCCCAGGUGAGCUGGUGUACAACGGCACCCACGGCGGCAUCUGCUACUACGUGAACUGCUCGCUGGCCUGCACCUUGGAGUUCUACAAUUGGUCCUGCCCGUCCUCACCCUCCCCAACGCUCACACCCUCAACGCCAACACCCUCUGCGACGCCCAGCGCAUCCACGCCCACGACCCUGCCGUCCACAGCACCAAGUACAUCGGCCACCACCAAGCCCCCCGGGUGCCCGGACUUCGACCCCCCCAGGCAGGAGAACGAGACGUGGUGGCUGUGUAACUGCACCAAGGCCAUCUGCAAGCAUGGCGCGACGGUGGAGCUCGUGGAGGUGGAGUGCAAGCCCCCGCCCAUGCCCACCUGCUCCAACAGCCUCACGCCCGUGCGCGUCCUGGACCCCGACGGCUGCUGCUGGCACUGGGAAUGUGACUGCUACUGCACGGGCUGGGGGGACCCGCACUACGUCACCUUCGACGGGCUGUACUACAGCUACCAGGGCAACUGCACGUACGUGCUGGUGGAGGAGAUCACCCCCACGGUGGACAACUUUGGGGUCUACAUCGACAACUACCACUGUGACGUCAACGACCAGGUGUCCUGCCCCCGCACGCUCAUCGUGCGCCACGAGACCCAGGAGGUGCUGGUCAAGACCGUGAGCAUGUCACCCAUGAAGGUGCAGGUGCAGAUCAACAGGCAGGUGGUGGCGCUGCCCUACAGCAAGUACGGGCUGCAGGUGUACGAGUCCGGCAUCAACUACGUGGUGGCCAUCCCCGAGCUGGGCGCCCGCAUCUCCUACAACGGCCUGUCCUUCUCCAUCAGACUUCCCCAUCGCCUGUUUGGCAACAACACCAAGGGCCAGUGCGGCACGUGCACCAACAGCACCGAGGAUGACUGCGCGCUGCCCAGCGGAGAGGUCAUCUCCGACUGCGAGGUCGCAGCCGACGCGUGGGUCGUAAACGACCCCAGCAAGCCACACUGUCCCCACACCGGCUUCACCACCAGGCGCCCGGCCAGCAUGCCCUCAAGGGACAGUGGCGCCACCUCCCUCAAGGGCUGUGCCUCUCCUCUCUGCGAGCUCAUCAAAGACAGCCUCUUCGCCCCGUGCCACACCCUGGUGCCCCCCCAGUACUACUACGAGGCCUGCGUGUUCGACAGCUGCUUCGUGCCCAGCUCAGGCCUGGAGUGUGCCAGCCUGCAGGCCUACGCGGCCCUCUGUGCCCAGGAGGGCGCCUGUGUCGACUGGCGGAACCACACCCACGGGGCCUGCUCGGUGACGUGCCCGCCUCACAGGGAGUACCGGCCCUGUGGUCCUGCCCAUCACGUGACGCUUUCUCGCUCCUCCAGCCCCUCGCAGAAUGAGACCCACCUGGUGGAAGGCUGCUUCUGCCCGGAGGGCACCAUCAGCUACGCCCCCGGCUUCGACAUCUGCGUGGACAUCUGCGGCUGUGUGGGGCCCGACAAUGUGCCCAGAGAGUUUGGAGAGCACUUUGAGUUCGACUGCAAGGAGUGCGUCUGCCUGGAGGGGGGAAGCGGCAUCGUCUGCCAGCCCAAGAGAUGCAGCCAGAGGCCGCCCGCUGAGUGCACGGAGGACGGCACACACCUGGUCACGGAGGUGGACUUCACGGACACCUGCUGCAACGUCACCUUCUGUAAGUGCAAUGCCAGCCUCUGCAAGGAGAAGCCCCCUGAGUGUCCACUGGGAUUUGACAUGAAGAGCGAGAUGGUACCCGGGAGGUGCUGCCCCUUCUACUCGUGUGUGCCCAAGGGCGUGUGCGUUCAUGAAAAUGCCGAAUACCAGCCCGGCUCUCCAGUGUACUCCAAGUGCCAGAACUGUGUCUGCACCAACACCACGGACAGCGCCACACAGCUCCACGUCGUGUCCUGCACCCACGUGCCCUGCAGCACCACCUGCAGCCAGGGCUUUGAGCUCGUGGACGUCCCCGGGGAAUGCUGCCAGAAGUGUGAGCAGACUCACUGCAUCAUCAACAGGCCCGGCGGCCAGCACCUCAUCCUGAAGCCUGGAGACAUAAGUAAUGACCCCGAGACCAACUGCACCUUCUUCAGCUGUGUGAAAAUCCACAACCAGCUCAUCUCGUCUGUCUCCAACAUCAGCUGCCCUGACUUCGACCCUAGUAUUUGCCUCCCGAGCUCCAUCACCUUCAUGCCCAACGGCUGCUGCAAGAAAUGCAUCCCUCGCAAUGAGACCAGGAUCCCCUGCUCCACCAUCCCCGUGACCAGGGACAUUUCAGAUGCCGGCUGCAACGGGACGAUCACCACCAACUACUGCUCGGGGUCCUGCGGGACCUUCGCCAUGUACUCCGCCGAGGCGCAGGCCCUGGACCACAAGUGCUCCUGCUGCAAGGAAGAGCAAACCCACCAGCGGGAGGCGGUGCUCAGCUGUCCGGACGGGAGCUCCCGGAAGCACACCUACACGCACAUCGAGAGCUGCCUGUGCCAGGACACCACCUGCGAGCUUGUGCGGGCCCAGCGUGCGGCCCCCAGCCGCGCCCGGCGCUCUGGCCCCCAGGCCCUGCGCCCGGGGAGAGGCUGA